GUCUGUGUCACUCUGUCUGUUGGCGUAGCAGCAACGCGACGCGAGCAGAACCAAAACCCCAGAGCGGCGACGCCAUGGCCGCCGCGCUCCGCGUCUUCCGCCGCCGCCCGGACGCUUCUACAGGCCGUCUGCUGCCGUCCUGGCUCCUCGGACCAUCUCCGAAGCUCUACGACGCUGCCGCCGCCUCCAGCCUCCUGUACGCGCCCGCUCUGCAUUCCUCUCCGAAUCCGGUGCCCUCAGUCCUCCGCCGCCGCUACUGGUCUUCAAGGUCGCAGGUGGGAGAUGCAGCCGCCGGCCUCGCGGUUGGGCGCCGUGCUUACGCCUCUCAGCUUCAGGUGCCCUCCCUGCUGCCGGUGCGACACCACGGCUCCACUCCCACCUCCACCAAGCAGCCAAACUCUCUGGAACGCACUGAGGUGAGGGAGGCUAUGGAGUAUGUGCAGGAUGUACUCGCAAAAUUGCAGGAUAUUGACAAGUCAGUGGCGCGCAUGAAGAAGAACCUGUGGAUACCGAUUGGCUUGCUUGCACUAUCCAUGUAUCCGUUCUUCCGGAUGCUUUACCUAGGCAUGCUGGAAGUCGCGAUUCUGGAAGUGAGGGUCGAAGAGCUCGAGAAGCUCGAAGAGCUCGGGAAUGCUCUUGGCUGAUUUUGCUCUCUUGAUAAUGAUAAUACUGCAUGAUGGAUGAAAUCCUCGGUAUUGUCAAGUGAACUGUGCCGGUUUGCCUUGACUGAAGAAACUGGUCUAGUUUAGGGCUCUUGACUUUUUCAUGGAUGUAUGUAAUGCAAGUGCCAAGUGGUGCAAACAAUUUGAAAUGUGCCAUUCUGAGACGCCA